GUGACAUAAAAUAUACUAAUAACACAUCUAAUGUUAUAAUUUGGUUCUUAAUUUCGGUUCUUCGGUUCGGUACGGUACGGGACGGGUCGGUUCGGUUCUCGGUACGGAUAUUUGUGAAAAUCUCCAAAACCGUACCAAUUAUUUUUUCGGUUCAGUUCGAUUCUGAGAAAUUCAAACGGUCAACGGUUAUUUUUCGGUUCGGAGUGAUUUCGGUUCGGUUUUCAGAACGAUUCGAAAUCCUCCGAGUCCCAUGCUCAGCCCUACACUGCAAUAUCUCUUCCAACUUGCGUAUGGAACAUAUGU